AAAGUGACUGUUAAUGUGAUCAACAACGCCUUAUUAUCGAAAAAGUAUCUAUAAUUGUAACGUUAACUGGUAAGAUCGCCAAUUAACGUUAAUUGGCGACCUUACCAUAUGUAUUUAUCAUCGAUACAUUUCAUACCGUUACCGCUAUAACGUAACUUAUAGUAGUUUGGUAACAAUAUAAAACAUACCUAGCUAAAAUAAGCGAAGAGAUUACUUAUGCGAUACAUCCCGCACAUCAUACAUGACACUGACAUGCUAUGUCAAUUGUCAAGAAAAAAAGUGGCGGGGUGGGAGGGGCACUGUGGAAUUGACUGAAGUGAAGUUCGAUUCGUUUCGUUGAUGAUCGAAACGCACCGAACUGACUGAUUGAAGAAGGUGUCAUUGAACAAAAAGAAGAGCCUUUUUGUGCAGAAUAUUCGUUUAUUGCAUGUUUAGUGCUCAACAUUUGUGUUUCUUAAAUCGGGAUUGUGAUUCUGCCUAUCAUGAACUUUAAAACAACGUUCACAUUAAUUCGGCUGACGUGAUAAGUGUACUCCAUAAUUUGUUUAGAUUCACUGAGGUGGAAAAAUUGCUGCUACUGUCUCUUCUGUUUGGCACCUUCUGUUCACCGGAAGAGUCAAUGUCAUUUUAGAAUAUUUCCAGCCCCUUGAGGGAAAACAACUAUGGUGGACUACUACAGGAUAUUGGGCGUAACUCGGACUGCCUCAGAGGCAGAAAUAAAAAAAGCAUAUCGGAAACUAGCUCUAAAAUGGCAUCCUGAUAAGAACCCUGACAAUUCAGAUGAAGCCAACAGAAAGUUUAAAGAAAUUUCCGAAGCUUAUGAAGUUCUUUCUGACGAAAGGAAACGGCGUGUCUAUGACCAGUACGGAAAAGAAGGAUUGAACAGUGGUAGAGGCAGGCGUUCGGGAGUGGACGACGACUAUGACUUCGGAUACGCCAGCUUCCCAUUCACAUUCCGCGAUCCCGAGGAAGUGUUUAGAGAAUUCUUCGGCGGCUCUCCAUUCGGCAACUUGUUCGCUGAAAUAAACGGUCACGGUCACGGGCACCGGCACGGGCGCCGCAGCCACCACCCCAGCACGUCGCUGACGUCGUCGCUGUUCAGUCCGUUCGCGUUCGGCGUGGGGCUGGACGACAUCUUCGCCCACGGCGGGGGCAAUGGGAAUACCUUCACCUCUUUUUCCACAUUCAACAGUUCGCUGGCCGGCCCCGGCAGCGCCAAUAUGAGGAGCACCACGACUACUACGCGCGUCGUCAACGGGAAAAAGAUUACUACUAAAAAGGUCACGGAGAACGGUCGCGAAACGGUGAUGUCCUACGAGAACGGAGUCCUAAAAUCAAAGACUGUCAACGGUGUAAACCAGUCACUAACAUACAGUUAAAUUCGAUUUAUACUUUCAAUAUAACCAAACAUGAUCCAAAUGUGAACUCUACUCAGUACGAACGAGUUAACGUUCAUAAUUUUUAAUUUCGCUUAUUAUAAACAUUUAGUCUUUGACACACUGUAAAUUGAAGAAGUGAAAACACUUAUUUUAAUUUAGGUAUAGGAUAAUUUGCUUUGAUAUCGAGUGAGAUAGUAGAGUAGACACCGACUGCUCAAUGUUGAAGUCUCACUGCUCGCGCGCCGCGGCUGAUCUCACGCGGAGCCGCAACUCCGCGUGCUGCGACUGUAUAUUCAUUUGCUGCCAAUACAUUAGCGAAAUAGUUUGUAAAUUAGUCCUAAUUACAUUUUUAAUUUAAUCUUAAUUUUUCAGAACAAGUAGGCCGUAAAAUUUACAUACUUAUUUUAUAUGUACCUAUAUAUUCUUUUAGGAAACGAUAAUGAGAAUUUAUAAACUUACUCAGCAUUAGCACAUGUACGUGAAAUUAAUGCAUUUUAUUUUUGCUCUUUUUUGGCAAAUUAACUACAUAUUAAUAAAUAAUUUUUUAUAUCGUACAUAGAUAGCCUGAAGUGGCGAAUUUGAUUAGGUAGGUAUAAAUUUCCAUUCAGUAGCCACUGAAAGGCUCUGGCAGUGGUGGCGUUAAUCUAUCAUGAUCACCUCUCGCUCGCACAUUCUUAGUCCGUGUUUACACUUAUUCUUAGUCCGUGUUUACACUUAUUAGUGAAUACCGCGAAGCGAGAGGUUAAGGGGUACGCCUGUAAUAGUUCAUUCUUUAAAAUUGACUCGUGUAUAACGAUCGGCCCGAGUAAUUUACGUACGCUUUCUUAUUUCUAAAUAACAAAACGCGUAUUUUUAUGAUAAUAUGACAAAGUAACAGCACUAGUAGGACGCAAUGUUUAUUUUAGUGUUUGUAGGUACUCACGACUUGCCCUCGACAGUAUAGUUGGUAUAAUUUAUCUCAAACCUCGGGAGUAAUCUCGCCAAACUGCACUGCAUUAUAAAUGGAGACUUAGUUUUAUUUUUUCCGCAUGCAUUGCGACUUUAGCGAGAUUAUCAUUUACUUGUUUGGAAAUGUAUCAUUCCGCACUGUUAGAGAAAAUAACAAUGUUUCACUACUGCUUAAGUGUAAAAUCAUUUUCUGAUCAUUCUCGCCUAAAUUAGCUAAAUAAUACUAAAUUGAGUGAAGUGAAUAUGGCCAUUUGAACUGAUUAUAUUUUCUUUUUUCAAACAUCUUUCUUGAAUAUAUCUUGACACAAAAUCAUAAUUUAGGUACUUACCUAAAUAAUUAACGGGUGUUUUCUAAUUACCAAUGACACUUGUUCAGCAUGUACUUAAAUUCAUUUCAGUGUAUUUGUCAUCAUAAUUAUAAACGUUUCAAAAAUAUGUACAUCUAUUUGGUAGUGCCAUUAGGAUAACUAUAAGCGAGAGCAGAACCUAUGUAAAUGAUUGUUUACAGAUCUCGUAUGAAAUAAAAAUUGUCAACAAAUUUUGAGCACUGCAUUCAAGAUGAAUGAUUAAAUAAAAUUUAAUAUUA